GUUUCCUUCCUCUGACCCCGCUUCAUCUACCUUGCAACCUCUGACCACCCGAAAUGAGCGGAUACGAUAACAACCCAUUCUACGGUGGCGGGGGAGGCUACAUGUCACAAAAUUCACAAUUUGGGAGUGGAGGUGGGAGUCCAGGAGGAAGUGGCCGCCGAGCUGCCUCACACUCCCUUCGUCCCGUGAGUCUGAAACAGCUGGUGGAAGCAACAAUCGAGCACUCGGACGCGGACUGGAAGAUUGGGGACGUCGAAGUCGGCCAGGUUACGGUCGUCGCGCACGUACUAUCCGUGCAGGCACAGACAACCAACUGUGUUUACCUUCUGGACGAUGGGACUGCACAAUUCGAAGCACGGCAAUGGGUCGACGCAAACAAUGAAGAGGAUGGAAGCAACCGAGUCGCCGACGGUCGUUAUGUUCGCGUGUUGGGUACGCUGAAGAUGUUUGGGCAGAAAAGAUAUAUCACCGCCACGCACAUCAUCGAGAUUCCUCCCGAACGUGUGUGCGAUGAGCUUUGCUUCCACAUCGCAGAGGCAGCGAUGAUGUCCAUCAUUUUCGAGCGGGGCCCACCGCCUCGCCCAAGCGAAGGCUCGACAACCAGCCGCGUAAACGGCGCCGCGAACCCGACGUCUGCGUAUUCGGCCUCUUCCAACACCGCUGGGGCCAACUCUGCACAAUACGCGGGGCUGUCCCAACUGCAACGCCAGAUCGUCGAAUUUCUCAUCUCGCAGCCAAAAACAAACGAGGGCACACACGUUGGCGCGAUUGCAAGGCACAUCGCCAGCUUAAGCGGAGGUGCACCUGUGAAUGCCGACAAUAUCAGCAAGGCGUUGGAUGAUCUUAGCGAUCAGGGCCAUGUCUACACCACCGUUGAUGACUCUCAUUUCUGCAUCUCCGAGUGAAUUAGCUAUCGCAUCCGUGUAUUGUAUCAGUAUGUCCUUG